AUGUGGGGUAUAUGGAGUUAUGGGGCCGGCUGCACUCUUGUUGGUAGGGCGUGCAGCACCGACACUCCAUUAAAAGGCUUGAAGUGGUGUAAUGAGUCUGCAACAACACAAACAUGUGUGUACGACCGUACAUCCGUGGGGUUUUGCAAUAUUGGUUUCGUGGGGAAAGAACUACCUCCUUAUUUUCAGUAUUUUUUAGGCAAUUCAUCACUUGGUGGGCUGGUGCCGCUGAGAGACUAUUGCCCUAUUGUAGUGCAUUACGUUGACCGUCAUUGUCAUGAUCCUUCUCUGCCUAGCAAGGAUGAUGCGAUCUACGGUUUAUAUUACAGACCACAGAGUCGUUGCGUUCCUACCCGCAAUACGGUGCACUUUGGAUACCACACCAACAGUGCUUCCUCGCGUUACCUACGGGUAUGCUGCCGUUGGGGAACACAUAUAAAGGUUCUUGUGGGCAACCUUUGGAUUUCAUGCCUAUCAAAUUGGCAGUGCCGCAGUGAUUUUCAUUUCACCCUCCAACAACUCCGGUGGAGGGAUAUCCUGCGAACGCGCAGAAUUGGUUUGUUCACCAGAAACAUUUUGUAA